ACCUUAAACUACCAGCUGAAGACAGACUGAGUGAACACAACAUCAUAACGGCUCAAAAAGACGCUUAAUUUGGAAGCAAUGGCAGAUGAUAGCUUUAAACAGGAGUUUCUGGAGGCCCAUAACCAGUACAGGAAGCAGCAUCAAGCCCCAGAGCUGACGUACAGUGACGAGCUGAGCAGCGCUGCUCAGAAGUGGGCAGAUCACAUGCUGAGCAAAAAAUCACUGAGCCACAGCGACACGGAAGACGGAGAGAAUGUGUUUUAUUCCUUCAGCUCUGUCAAAAAGACGCCCAAAGGGGAGGAGGCUGUAGACAGCUGGUACAGUGAGAUCAAGGAUUACGACUUUAGCUCAUCAGGAUAUCAGCCCCAAACUGGGCAUUUCACCCAGGUUGUGUGGAAAUCAUCUACAGAGCUCGGAGUAGGUCUGGCUACUGAUGGAAACACAGUUUUUGUCGUUGGUCAAUACAGACCUGCUGGAAAUAUAACCAAUGCUGGUUUAUAUGACCAAAAUGUUCUACCUAAAACUGAAUAAUGAUGGUAUUAUUUCCUUAUUGGAUUUGUCUAUUGCUAAAUGUAAACAUGAUUUUGCAGAUGCUUUUAAUUCAGAGUGACUUACAGUACAUCACCAUAACCAGUUUAAAUGUGAAGGACAGUCCUAUAAUACAUUGUGAUCAAAUCCUGUGUGUGUCUGUGUGUUAAUAAAAUAAAUGGACCAUUGCAUCAUAA